UUGAAAUUAUAAAUAAAUAAAUAAAUAAUGUGAUUCUUUAAAAAGCACUAGCAUUAAGAUUUUACAGUGAAACAUCUCAAACAAUCCUAAUUUUCUGCUGCUUGAACAGAAUAUGCCUAAUUUUAUUACUUUCCUCAUCUUUAACUAAUACAUAUUAAAACACCUUGACUCCCAAAUGGAGCUUUUUAAUCCUCACUACCAGUCACUGCUCUCGAAAGGAUUUAAUUUGGUUCAACUACAGGUUCCCACACAUUAUGCAAAAUCUGAACAUGUCGAAAAUCAGGGCUAAUUAGUCCAUUUGAGAGGUUGUAAUUACAUCCUUUAGACUGAGCUAUGGAUAUUCCAAAGCGGCUGGUUCACUGUCAUGAAGAAUAUCCUGGGUCGAAAUGGACUCGGCUCAGUCAUCCAUGCACUAGAACGACCUGUGCAGUGUCAGCCUUUUGCUGGGAAAUCUCCACUGUUUCUGUAAGAUCUGUUCUAUUGAUAGCCUCUGUUACUGAAUACAUAUUGCACAUAUAUGUGUAUCAUUAAAAAAAAAUAUUGUUCAAGUGUGGAAUUACAUGCUGUCUCAGAGAGAGAAAAGACAAACAUUAAAAAAAGAGAUAGUUUGGAGAAAUCCCCCCUAGGAUUGCAGAAGUGCAGAAGGAUGAAGAGGAAUGAGGAGGUCAAAACUUCCCCAGUGGAGUUAGGUAACAGCUGCCAGGAAUGGGCAGGGCCUCCAGCGGAGAUGAGGCAACACCGGGCCCAUGAGUGUAUAAAUUCCUACGCUCUCUGCAUAUUCAACUCACAGAUGCGAGAAGAGCUGAAAGGAUCGGCCAAAGAUCUGAAGAAAUCCAGUUGAGAAUCGGCAUCCGUCUCUGAAGCAAAGCAAUAAUUCAGGACGCAGUGGUGCUCUGCGUUGGCCUGACACCCAUGCGAAAGAAGACCCAUCAGCUCUAAUCUUCAAAGGACUUAUAACCUCAGCCAAAAUGAAGGCAUUCAGCAUUGCAGUUGCAGUGACACUCGUGCUCGCCUUUAUUUGCAUUGUGCAGUGCUCUGCCAUCCCGUUCACUGGGGUCGGAGAGCUGGAGGAGGCAGGGGGCAAUGACACUCCAGUUGAGGCACAUCAAGAGGUGUCAAUGGAAUCGUGGAUGAUGCCAAAACAUGUCAGGGAAAAGCGCCAGAGUCACCUUUCGUUGUGUCGCUACUGCUGCAACUGCUGCAAGAACAAAGGCUGUGGUUUCUGCUGCAGGUUCUGAGUGUCAUGAGCGACGACCACCACUCUCUAAUUUAUUGUUUUAUUUUUCAAGACCCCUCCUUUCAUUGCAUUUUCUAAAAUACAUUUUUUAAGCAAAAUGAAUCCUGGAGCAGCAAAGACAAAUCAAGUAUUUUUUUUCUAUUUAUUUUGUAUAGGCUACUUCAACUUUUUAACUUUUUAAAGAAGACACAUUUCUCACACAUAUGGAUCUAUUUCUUACUGAAAAUUGUUUCAUGUUGAAUAAAAUACAUCUGAAUACACUG